AGAAGAAACAAGAAGAACAAAAGAAAACAAACUCUUCACAACCGUUUAAUUCUCCAUUAGCCAAACACACACCAAACACACAGUAAGCCCUAACUACUCACCGGAAAACAUCAAUUCAAAACGAUUAUGAUUAACUUCCGGCCAUCGGAGACAACCACGGCAACGACGACGAGCUCCGCCGUGACGGCGGAGAAAGCGUUUUCAUUUAUCUCAAAAGGAUGGCGGGAAGUGAAGGAUUCUACAGAAGCAGAUCUACAGUUAAUGAAAUCAAGAGCGAAUUCAUUCAAAAACCUAGCCACGUCAUUCGACAGGGAAUUCGAGAACUUCCUGACGUCAGCUUCGCGGUCGACUUUUCCGGUAACGGCGAUCACAACGUCGUCGUCUCCGUCGCCGGCGGAGAUUGAGUUCGUGAAGAAGCUGCAGCCGAAGUUAACGGAGUUCCGGCGAGCUUACUCGUCUCCGGAUUUUAGCAAAAGAGUAUUGGAGAAAUGGAGUCCGAGAGCGAAAAUUAGGAUCGAUUUAUCGGCGAUUAAGAAUGCGAUUGUGGCGGAAGUGGAUGAGGGGAGGAAUGGGUAUAGGAUUGGGGGAAGGACUAGAGUUAGAGAUUUUAGAUGGGAGUGGAAAGAUGAAGAUGUGGAGAAACAGGUUGGGAAGAGUUGGGAACCGAUUAGAGCGUUGAAAAAUCGGUUAAAGGAAUUGGAACAGAAGAGUUCGUCUUCCGAGAUUAUCGAAGGGCUUAAGAAUAGUGAGCUUGUUGAGAAGGUUAAAUCCAGUUUGAAAGCAAUAUGUAAGGAACCAGAGUACUCAAAGGAAGUUCAGCCUCUGGAUUUUCAAGAACUUCUGGCAUGUCUGGUUAGGCAGUCUGGACCAUUUUUAGAUCAUCUUGGUGUCAAGAGAGAUAUAUCUGACAAGAUAGUGGAAAGUUUAUGUGGCAAAAGGAAAAAUCAACUUUUGCUGCGCUCCUUUCCCACUGGAGAGUCGUCCAUUGUUGAAGGUGAGAACAUUAAUGAUGAGCUGGAUUUAAGAAUAGCAAGUGUGCUUCAAAGUACAGGGCAUCAUUAUGAAGGUGGAUUGUGGGACGAUCUUGGCAAACGAGACACAUCCGAUGGAAAAAGACAUGUAGCCAUCGUCACUACUGCUAGUCUACCUUGGAUGACAGGGACAGCUGUAAAUCCAUUGUUUCGAGCAGCAUAUUUGGCAAAAUCUGAAAAGCAGAGUGUCACACUGUUGGUUCCUUGGCUUACCAGAACCGAUCAAGAAUUAGUUUAUCCAAAUAAUAUUACAUUCAGUUCACCAGAAGAACAAGAGGUUUACAUACGUAAUUGGCUCAAGGAAAGAGUCGGUUUCAAUGCUGAUUUUAAGAUAUCCUUCUAUCCUGGAAAGUUUCAAAAGGAAAGGCGUAGUAUAAUACCCGCUGGAGAUACAUCCCAGUUUAUUUCAUCGAAGGAGGCCGAUAUUGCUAUCCUUGAAGAACCAGAACAUCUGAACUGGUACCAUCAUGGUAAGCGGUGGACUGAUAAAUUCAAUCAUGUGGUUGGUGUUGUUCACACGAAUUACUUGGAGUAUAUCAAGAGGGAGAAGAAUGGAGCUCUGCAAGCUUUCUUUGUGAAACACAUAAACAAUUUGGUGGCCAGAGCAUAUUGUGACAAGGUUCUUCGCCUUUCUGCUGCAACCCAAGAUUUACCCAAGUCUGUUAUAUGCAAUGUUCAUGGUGUGAAUCCUAAGUUUUUGGAAAUAGGGGAACGAAUGGCUGCAGAAAAGGAGGCUGGGGAGCAAAAGUUUUCCAAAGGAGCAUAUUUCUUAGGAAAGAUGGUUUGGGCCAAGGGAUACCGGGAGCUAAUAGAUUUGUUAUCAAAACAAAAAAAUGACCUUAACGGGUUUAAACUUGAUGUUUAUGGCAAUGGAGAGGAUGCUCAUGAAGUGCAGAGUACAGCAAAAAGUUUGGAUUUAAAUGUGAAUUUUAUGAAGGGCAGAGACCAUGCCGAUGAUUCGCUGCAUGGUUACAAAGUCUUCAUAAACCCUAGCGUGAGUGACGUGCUUUGCACAGCCACAGCUGAGGCCCUAGCUAUGGGGAAAUUCGUAGUGUGCGCCGACCACCCUUCGAAUGACUUUUUUAGAUCAUUCCCCAAUUGCUUGACUUACAAGACACCUGAAGAGUUUGUAAAUAAAAUAAGAGAAGCCAUGUCAAGUGACCCUCACCCUCUCACACCUGAACAAAAAUAUAAUCUUUCAUGGGAAGCAGCUACUCAAAGGUUCAUGGAGUAUUCUGAACUUGACAAGAUACUAAACACCUGCAAUGGAGCUAAUUCGGAAUCAGAUAAAGUCAAUGGGAUUGGUAGAAAGUCAAAAUCGGUCCCCAAUUUAACAUCAAUGGUUGAUGGUGGAUUAGCUUUUGCACACUAUUGUUUGACGGGUAAUGAAUUCUUGAGGCAGUGCACGGGUGCAGUCCCUGGUACACGGGAUUACAACAAGCAGCAUUGUAAAGAUCUUCAUCUGCUACCUCCACAUGUCGAAAACCCGAUAUAUGGUUGGUAAUUAUAGUAAAAAUACAAUAAAAUCAGUAAUCUUGAUGUAGAAAUGGUAUUUAUAUGCCUGGCAAGCCUUUCUUGCUAGUUAGGGUAGGUAGUUAGACAUCGACGUUUGACUGCCAGGCUUGUCCAAAUGGUAAAACUCAUAUCGUAUAGCUAUUCUUGGUGUUAUCGCUCUGUAAAUGGAUGGAUUCUUUUCUAAUAGCCAUUAUAUAUUAUUCCAUGUCA